AAAAAAGAAAAGGGAUUUAAAAAAUGACAACUUUCAAAGACGAUAAUCCUCAGUCAAAUUUAUCAGACUACUAAUGGAUGAAACAACAGAACGCCCAACUGUUUCGUUUUCAUAUUCAAAUUGGAUAUCAAACAUCAAAAAAUCAACACGAGAAGCUUACGAAGCAAAGCCCUUUUCACAUUGGAUUCUUUUGUUCUUCAGUGGUGCGGCAAUGCUCAUAGCUUUCCCAGCUUCUAGUCUACUCUCUCGUCUUUACUUCUCCAAUGGUGGUAAAAGCAAAUGGAUCAUUUCUUGGGUUGCUGUUGCUGGAUGGCCAAUCACUUGUCUUAUUUUACUUCCUACAUAUAUCUUUCAAAAGAUCAAACCAACACCUCUCAAUACAAAGCUUGUUCUCUCUUAUGUUGUGCUCGGUUUCUUGAGUGCUGCAGACAACCUUAUGUAUGCUUAUGCCUAUGCGUACCUCCCUGCUUCGACUUCUUCUCUUCUGGCUUCUUCGUCGCUUGCCUUCUCUGCUUUGUUUGGCUAUCUCAUUGUUAAAAACCCGCUGAAUGCUUCGGUUAUCAACUCCAUCGUGGUUAUAACCGGUGCUAUGGCUAUAAUAGCGCUGGAUUCAAGCUCUGAUCGGUACAGUUAUAUAAGCAACAGUCAAUACUUUGCAGGUUUCUUUUGGGACAUAAUGGGAUCUGCGCUUCACGGGCUCAUUUUCGCGUUAUCUGAGCUUCUCUUUGUGAAAUUGCUUGGAAGAAGGUCUUUUCACGUUGCUUUGGAGCAGCAAGUCAUGGUUUCUCUCACAGCUUUUGCGUUUACCACUAUUGGGAUGGUUGUGAGCAAUGAUUUCCAAGGGAUGAGUCACGAAGCUAAGAGUUUCAAAGGCGGUGAGUCUCUGUACACUCAGGUUCUUGUCUGGAGUGCAGUCACGUUUCAACUGGGUGUUCUUGGGGCGACCGCGGUCUUGUUUCUGGCAUCCACAGUCAUGGCUGGAGUCCUUAACGCUGUGAGAGUUCCCAUCACGAGCGUAGCCGCUGUUAUAUUGAUGCAUGAUCCAAUGAGUGGCUUCAAAAUCCUGUCUUUGGUUUUGACGUUCUGGGGAUUCAGCUCUUAUAUCUACGGGAGCUCGAGCUCGAACUCAAGUACUCAAGCUUCCUCUUCUUCAUCCUAAUAUGCGAGCUUUUCCACUGUCUCCAUUCCUUGAAGUAAAUUAUUCCUUGAGUGUGAUCAAAUACCAUUCGUGUAAGAUAAGAUUAUGUUCCGGGUCAAG